AUGACGCAGCCGAAAGUAACGGGGGCUACGCCUCGCUUCACGCCCAUAUCGCACACAUCAGGCGACACGGCUGAGGCGUACCGCUCCAUCUCUCACGUAUCGGGCCACGACUUCCAUCCUCAGACCCUGACGGAGACUGUCGACGAAGACACAUCCGGUGCGUGUCAUGGCCUCUCGCCGCGCCGCAAAACAGUCAUUGUAGCCGUCUUGUCCUUCUGCGCCUUGCUCUCUCCCAUUUCCAGCACUUCCGUCCUCGCCGCGACUCCCGAGGUAGCAAAGGAAUACGACACGACGGGGUCCAUCAUCAACGCCUCCAACGCGGCCUACAUGAUCUUUAUGGGCCUGUCGCCAGUAGUAUGGGGCCCCAUGAGCCAGGUGUUCGGACGGCGGCCGGUCAUCUUGCUGACGGCAGUGCUGUUUUUCCUUCUGAGUCUAGCGACGGCUCUGGCGCCGGAUCUGGUGUCAUUUUUUGCAUUUCGUGCGCUCUCGGCGUUCGAGGGAACGGCCUUUAUUCUACUAGGGAGCGCAUGUCUAGCAGAUAUAUAUCAUCCUACCGAGCGAGGCACAGCCAUGGGCUGGUUCUUGUCCGGUACUCUCAUCGGGCCGGCGAUGGGCCCAUUUAUAGGCGGCAUCAUCGUCACGUAUUCGUCGUGGAGGUCAAUAUUCUGGCUGCAGACUGCCCUCGCAGGGACCAGCGUCGUCGGUGUCUUUUUCCUGGUUCCCGAGACCGCGCAACACAAGAAGAUUGCAGAUUUGGAGAAUUUGCCCAAAAAGGAACGGCUCGGAGCAGUUAUGCACAUGAUUAGUCCCAUUCGCGUGCUGAAACUGUUUCGGUAUUGGAACCAGGUUCUCGUGGCAUGUGCUAGUUCGGCCUUGCUCUGGAACAUGUACAGCUUGCUCACACCCAUUCGAUACGUCCUCAACCCACGGUUUCGCCUGGAUUCCCCAUUGCUGGGUGGGUUAUUCUAUCUUGCCCCGGGCAUGGGCUAUGUCGUUGGAACUUUUAUGGGUGGUAGGUGGGCGGAUCGGACGGUCAAAGUGUGGAUAAAAAAGCGAAAUGGUGUUCGCGUUCCGGAAGAUCGGCUGCGGUCAGCAGUUCCGUUUAUGGGUAUUGUGAUGCCCGUUUGUAUUCUUGUAUACGGCUGGACGGUGGACAAGUCGGCAGGAGGCAUCGCGGUUCCGGUAAUCGCCUUGUUCGUACAGGGCAUGGCACAACUCUUUAGUUUCCCAUCAUUGAACACAUAUUGUCUUGAUGUAAUGCCGGGACAGGGAGCUGAAGUCGUGGCGGCCAAUUACUUUGUGAGAUAUUUGGCGGGUUGUAUAGGCUCAGGCGUGGUGCUGCCUGCGAUUGAGGGUGUUGGAGUCGGUUGGUUCUCUACCAUUUCGGCGUUGCUUCUGGGUCUAUCUACAAUUGGUGUCAUGGCCGCCAUCAGAUGGGGAGAGUCGUGGAGAAGGGCGACUGAUGCCAAGUUGGAAAAGCACAGGAGGAGGACGCCUCAAAGCUUGAAAAAGAGGAUACAGCUGCGGAGCACGGCGUGA